GGGAUGCUUCCUGCUCAAGAAGCGGCCAAGAUCUACCACACCAACUACGUGCGCAACGCCCGGGCCAUGGGCGUCAUGUGGCAGGUGUUCACAGUCACCUUCGCGGUCAUCAUGGUGGUGGUGUUCAUCCAGCCCUACUGGAUCGGGGACAGCGUGAACACGCCGCAGGCGGGCUACUUCGGCCUGUUUCACUACUGCAUCGGGAACGCGCUCACCUCGGAGCUCACCUGCAAAGGGAGCGCGCUGGACUUCGGCUCCAUCCCGUCCGGGGCCUUCAAGACGGCCAUGUUCUUCGUGGGGAUCUCCAUGCUGCUGAUCGUGGGAAGCAUCGUCUGCUUCAGUCUCUUCUUCUUCUUCAACGCCGGGAGCGUCUACAAGAUCUGCGCCUGGACGCAGCUGGCCUCCAGUACGUGCAUGGUGAUCGGCUGCAUGAUCUAUCCCGACGGCUGGGACUCGGACGAAGUGAAGCGCAUGUGUGGCCAGCGGACUGACAAAUACACCCUGGGUAACUGCACGGUGCGCUGGGCCUACAUCCUGGCCAUCAUCAGCAUCAUGGACUCACUCAUCCUGUCCUUUCUGGCCUUCAGCCUGGGCAGCCGGCAGGACAAGCUGCUGCCCGAGGACUUCCAGGUUGAGGAGAAGGAUAAAGCAUAGAUCCCUGGUGAACACAAUGAGGAGAUGCAACCAACUCAACACUGAAAUAAACGCCCAAGAGUUUACCGGCAGCCUCGGCGAAAAAACCUUCAUGUCCUUCCAGAAACAACUCCGACAGAGCGAAGGUGUUCCACUGACCUCUGGCUUCAAUACUUUUGACAGAAAAUUAGGUCAAAAUCUCUCAGUCAAUCUUUAACCAGACGAUACAAUCGACUAUCCACUAUAAAUAUUUAAUGACAUUAAAUUGAUCAAACCGUUCUUAUAGUUGCUGGUCAUAUUUUUUGGGGCGAUUUCACUGUUUUGAGGAUUUCUCUUUGAAGAUGGAAGACCUGCUUGUUGUCAAUCGAAGCUUUAGUUCUCCACAGAUUAGAAUAAAAUUUAAAAAAGUAAAAAUAAAAUCAGAUCCAAGUCACAAACGGAAUUUGUGUUUAGGAGAAACACAAAUUCCCCAAGUUUUCUAAGUGUUUCUUCAGAAGAAAAACUUUGGUAAAACA